AUGCAGGACGAGCAGACCGCAUCCGCCGCCCCGGCGCCACUCCCUCUAUCCCGCGACGAGAAGCGCGUCCUCGAGCUGCACGACCGCCUCCAGCAGCUUCAAUUGGAGAUCGCCCUGCUGACCGCCCAGAAGAAAUACGCUCCGGGCUCAGGCUCGUCCGCCACCGGAGAUGACGCGAAUGCCGGCGUGGAGGCGGCAAAGAAGGUCCUCCUGGAAUCGCGGUCUAGAUACGUGCUGCGGAACCAGGUCGCGGAAAGCGUCAUAGCCGCCAACCCGAUCCUACAGGCGGUGCACAACGGGACCAGGGCCUCCCCUAUCGAGCGAGACCUCCUCCCCCUGCUCCACUCCCGCGACGACCUAUCCUCGACGCUGGCUUGGCAGGCGGCGGAGCAGCGCAGCCUCCUCGUAGCGCUGACUGAGGUCGAGGGUGAGAGCCUGCGGCUCGGGCGUGAGAACGUGGACCUCGCAGCGCGCGUGCUCGAGCUGGCGUCGCGCGCGGACCGCGAGCGGGCCGAGGCCCUCGCCGGCGCGGGGGCCCGGCCCGGCCCGGAGAUCGCGCAACUCGAGGCCGAAGUCCGCCGCAGCCGACGUCGCUGGCGUGCCCUACGCGGCGUCGCGAGUGCCGUCGUCGCCGGCAGUGGCGUCGACUGGGCCGCCGACCCGGUGCUCCGGGAUGUGGUGCUCGACCCCGAGGACGACGACGACUUUGUCGUGUGA